CUAUAUAGCGGACACUCCCAAGAAAUGAUUGCCAUUUCAACGGUAAAUGUUCGUUUCGUCUUGUUGUUGCUUUUAAGUUGGUCAUUAAUCAGUUCGGCCGAUGCCACCCUGAAUUUGGAGGACAAAUUGGGACAGUUGACUCAAAAUUACAUGCAAUUUAAAGAAAUUGUUGAAACUAAAUUCGAAACGCAAUUUCAACAACUCGAAACCAAAAUGUCUCAGCAGCAGAGGCAAAUGGUCCGUCAUCUCGAAAUUAAAAAUAGGCAACUGGAAGAGAAAGUCAUUCGGCUAGAAUCUAAAGUUCAAAAACUAGAAUCGUCGGUAGUCGGUCUACAAGAAAACAGAAAAAGUAUCGAUCCACUAACUGGAAGAAGCGCCAUCCCGAGGACCUGCAGAGAAGCCCAUCUGGCGGACCCAUCUCUCGAUUCCGGCAUGCGCUGGAUCGAUCCGGACGGACAAGGCGUCGGAGAUGAUCCCAUUUACGUCCAUUGCGACAUGACUACCGACACUGGGAAAAUGUUUUAAAACAACUUUUUGUGUCCUAUUCUUUUCCUUUGAAAAGAUACGACAUCCGUUCCACACGACAGCGAAGGACCGAUGGACGUGGGUCACUGCGCCGAUCAGGGAUGUUAUUCAAAGGCCGUGACGUACAACGCAAGUCUCAGACAGAUGGCAGCGUUAGCAAAUUUGUCAAGCGAAUGCCAUCAGUCGAUUAAAUACGAUUGCUUCUACGCCCCUUUCGAGUUGGACGGCAUCGCAUUUUCCUGGUGGAACGACAAAGACGGAAACGACAAAUUCUUCUGGGCCGGCGCCAACACCGACGUCCACACCUGCCAGUGCGGCAUCGAUGGAAAUUGCGUCGAAUCUUUUAUGAAGUGCAACUGCGAUUCUACUGCACCGGAGCAAUUAGUCGAUAGCGGAGUCAUUAAUGAUAAGGAGAUCCUGCCCGUCACCCGUUUGAAUUUCGGCCGAACUGGGCAAGAGUAUUCUUCCGGUGUCCACACACUGGGCCGAUUCAAAUGCACCGGACAAGUGGCCGUCACUGGAAUGCCGACGUCGUGCGAAGAUCUCUGGAGGAUCGGCCACACCCUGAGAGGAUUCUAUUCCGUUAAAGGAGUCAAAAUGGUCGAAAGUGUUUACUACUUAAAACUACCGAACGAAGCAGGUUUCCAGAAAUGGAUCGGAUACGAUGACAUCAAGUCGGCGCCUGUCUACUUCUACGUCCAGCGGAAUUCUCUCUUCAACACGGCAAAUGUCUCAAUUCCUUUCCAGGUUUCCAAAUUAAACAUCGGCAACGCCAUGGAUUUGACGACAGGAAAAUUCACGGCACCUGUCCCGGGAACGUAUUUCUUCUCGUUUACUGGACACGCCCAAUUUCCUACGUCAUCAUCUUUACUUAGUUUAGGAGUAGGUCUCUAUCUGAACGGGAAUUUUAUCGGGUGGGGUUAUGUUGAAGAGUACAACACUUUAAAUUUGCAAGAAACCCCUUUGACUCUGCAAUCGACGCUCAAUUUACAAAAAGGAGAUGAAAUUUGGUUGCAGAUCACAUUAAUUUCGGAUAGCGUGAGUCUCUUGGAUGAUGGUAGGAACUGCUGGACCCACUUUACGGGAUACAUUUUGGAAGAAGAAAUGAUUUUUCAAACAUGUUGUGAGACGGAAAGUAAAUAGACUUGACUUAAGAUCACAACAAACUAAAGUAAAACGCAGUUCGCCAUUCAAAUAUCUAAUUCUAUAAUGGCACCAACUUUGAGUGGUACACUUCAAAGUUUUGAUUAGAGUUUUGUUGACUUUAAAAGAGGAGAAAUGUCCAUCGACAAAGAGUUAGAUGAAAACAAAUCGGCAAAA